AUGAGAAGACGUUUCACUAGUCAAAAGAACACUAACACAAAAGCAGAGAUUACUGUUGGUUAUAACGUAAAUGAUGAUAAAUCACGAAUUAUUCAAAAUGUUAAAGUUAAUGUUAGCCCUGAAUUAACAAGGUCAGCAACUCAACCAAAUUUAUUAACUCGUGACUUACCGAAGAAUGAAGAAAACCAUGAGAAUGGAGACCCAAUCAUUUUAUCUGAACCUGGUAAAGAACCUGUUGAAAUUCCCACUUAUCCAACAUACCCAGCACCUCUUUCAUCAAACAUUGAGAACCCAUAUAAAAUAGACAUUAAUUCUGAAUUAAUGAAAAUUUACCGUGAUAUAAUAAUUAAUAAUUAUGAUUCAAUAAUAAAUUUAAUUGACCAAUCUGGUUUAAUUAUUUUACCUUAUGAAUCAUUAAUUCACAUUAUCGCCAUUCUUUGUGAUGUUCAAGAUUCAGACGUUAAGAUUCAAUUUUUCAUAGAUGAUGAGGUUUCAUGUGGAACA